CACCACGCGGUCAUCAAAUCGGACAGCACGACCACCAAAGUGCGUGUGGUAUUCAAUGCCUCCUCACCAUCAUCUAAUGGAGUAAGCCUAAACGAUGUUCUCCAUCCUGGACCAGUACUCCAAGCGGACCUCGUUUGUCUGCUGCUGAAGUGGCGGUUUUUUAAAUACGUCUUUAACGCAGACAUCGAAAAAAUGUACCGGCAAAUACGGUUGCAGCCGGACAAUACGCGUUAUCAAAGAAUCGUCUACAGAGGAUCACAGAAUGAAGAGUUAAUGGACUACGAACUCCUAACCGUAACGUUCGGUGUAAAUUGCGCUCCGUACUUGGCAAUAAGAACGCUUUUCCAGUUGGCAGACGAUGUCAGCGCCCGCUGGCCACUUGCUUCCAAGGUAUUGAAGCAGUAUAUGUAUGUGGAUGAUGUAUUGGCAGGAGCUCAUGACAGGGAAACAGCCAUUCAAACUCGAGAUGAACUGAUAGAGGCGUUAAAAGGAGCGGGAUUCCCACUCAGGAAAUGGACGUCUAAUACUACAAGUAUUUUAGCUGGAUUACCGAAGGAACAUCUGCUGAAGGAAGAAUUUCUGAACAUCGAUGACUUGAGCGAGGCGAAGAUGCUGGGUAUCAGAUGGAAUGCAGCUCAAGACGCCUUCUAUUUCAACGUGCAACACAUCCAGGUAAGGCCUAGCUACUCAAAGAGGGAGGUACUAUCAUGUGUAGCCAAACUAUUCGAUCCGGCCGGUUGGUUGGGUCCGAUCGUAGUAAAGGCAAAAAUACUCAUGCAGGAUAUAUGGUUAGCUAAAAUAGACUGGGACGAUAGCCUACCGAGAAACCUCUACCUUCGUUGGGAACAAUUUCUCAACAAUUAUAGGUACAUAGGUGAAAUCCGUGUUCCCAGAUGGAUUCAUUUUACUCCUUGGGAUGAAAUUGAAUUCCAUGGAUUUUGUGAUGCGUCGGAAAAGGCAUACGCCGCAGCGGUAUACGUGAAAAUACGGGAACGUAAUUCCGAUAGCGUGCCGUACAUUAACUUAUUGGUAGGUAAAACGAAGGUAGCGCCUGUGAAAACUAUCUCGCUACCUCGGUUAGAAUUGUGUGGCGCAUUACUUCUGUCUGAAUUAAUUAACACGUUGCUCCCACAACUGGAAAUAUCUCAACCAGUGGUGUAUAAGUGGACCGACUCGACCAUUGUACUUUCGUGGCUGAAGAAGCCACCGUGCUCCUGGACAACGUUCGUGGCAAACAGAGUCGCCAAGAUUGAAGAAUUAGUAGGAAGCUCAGGAUGGAAUCACGUAGAUUCAGCUGACAACCCCGCUGAUCUUGGCAGUCGCGGAGCUUGGCAUGGACCAAACUGGUUGACCAAGGAACAAUCUCAAUGGCCACUUCACGAGAAGGACAUUGCCUUUAAUACGGAGUUAGAGCAAAAGACAACGCGAGUACAUGCAACCAGCGUCCAAGACUACGAAGAUAUUUUAGAUAGGUUCUCAGAUUUCUCCAGAGCACUGCGCGUAGUAGCAAGAAUUUUCAGGUUCUAUAAACGAGCGCUCCCGACGCACCAACAAACAGUGACGGAGAAUCAAAGCGAGUUAACCACGGAAGAAAUUCGAGGAGCCAAAGCACUCGGAGGAAUACCAGGCUCUGAGAAGAAAACGCGAGUACAAAUAAUGGCAGCCUUACCUCCAGAACGCACAGAGCUAACCAGACCAUUCGCAAACACGGGCAUCGAUUUCACCGGCCCGUUCGACAUUCAAUUCCACCCAACAGUCAAAAUGGUACGAGUCCAACCAAAAAAUCACCAAAAUAAGAAGGCGACGAACAGAUGCCCCGUAUGUAGUGAUAACCACCGACUAGUGUUUUGCCGGGAGCUGCGUCGCAUGGAAGCGGCCGAGAGACUACGAGCCGUCCUCGUGCACCACCAUUGCGCCAAUUGUUUAUCCCCCCAUCACAUGGCGAAAACCUGUCCGUCACCCAAAAGCUGUGAUCGGUGUCAACAGCGACACCACAGCCUAUUGCAUGUAGGGGAGCAAGGUCGGGAUGGAGGAGGCGAAUCCAUUGUUCUGGACAAUGACACCACCGCGCGGCGAAAACGACAACCCUACACAGCCAAGGCUUCAGGAGAAAGCAGCGAUGACGAAGUGGUGCUAAUCCUGGAUGCAGAUGAGACCGAUCUUCAUUAG